AUGUUUACUUAUUUUGCAGCCACUUCUAGUGGUCUACAGUUUGAGCAGGUUCUUAUCAAUGCAAACCAGAAGGAGUUAAUAUGUGAGGAAGUAGGUAAACACUGGAAAAAACUGGGUUCAGCCUUAGGGCUCUCAUCAGCUUUUCUGAAUAACACUGAGACUGAUCACAGCGGUGAUUGCUGUGAAAGGGUACAAAAAGUGCUUGAAAAGUGGCAACAAGAAAACGGAAGUGGAGCAACAAUGGAAGUUCUUAAAAAUGCUCUGAUGAAGAUAGGGAGGACAGAUGUUGCUGAAAAACUGCUUGAAAUAAGAAAAGUGGAGACAAGCUCACGUUACGAUAAAGCGCGAUUUCAGAGGUUACAAAGUACAGUGGAACAGUUGGGGAAGGAUCUAAAGGAAAGAAUCCAAUGCAUGGAGGAAAAAUUUUCAGAGCUGCAAAAGUACCUCUCAAUUAGAAAUAUUAAUCUGAAAAAUCAGGAGCAGGAAAUGAUUCCAGUUGGAGAAGAUGAUGAUUCUCGUCAGCCAGCCGGGCUGGCUGACCGCACUCAGAAAGGCAAUGGACAGAGAUAUAGGGAUAGGCAAACAUGCGAGGGUUCAACUACGGAUGAAUGCCAGAUAUGUUUGCGUUUGAGAAAGGAACUAAAUGACAUGAGAACAGAGCGCAAAAAAGAUAAGAAGAAGUGGGAAGAAGAAGAAAAAAGUUUGAAAAAGGAAAUCAUGCAACUCAAGAGUAAAAAUGAUGCCUUGCAGGAAGCCUACAAUGGACAACUGGCGACGAUAAAAGAAUUCGAAAAAACAAGCGAUCCGAUUACGAAAACGAAGGCAAAAGUUAUGGAAAACUUGGAAGAACAGAUUGAAAAUCUAAAAGCCGCGACAGAAAAAUUAAUGAAACUUAUAAAAGAUCAAACGGAUCUAGAAGAGCCCAGGCAGUUAAAGGCUAAAAUUUAUGAGCUGUGGACUCAAAAAGAAAAGCUACGUAAAAGAGUAGAAAACGGUGAGAUGGAGCGCAACAGGCUACAAGAGGAGCUUGAGAAGUACAUCAACUCCAGAAGGCGCGUUUUCUCGCCAACCGGAGAGCAAUUUGGUGGAAACUGCCGUGGUGUCAUAUGCUUCUUGAAGAGAGAAGCCUCGGCUAAGCUGGUAGCUAACAGAUCCACCGAUUACAUCGGAAAUGUGAAUGACAUACUUAACCAUGAGACGGGCACCACCAGUGGGACAGAGGAUAAGGAAAAUUCAUGGUGGUCCAUCGAUCUGGGCUUACGCUAUCGGCUUAUAAUCACAAACUGCUCUUUGAGGGACGGUAAUAUGUAUGGAAAGUUAGCACCUAUAAAUUGGAAACUAGAGGGAUCUAAUGAUGGAAAGAAAUGGGAUGGUCUUGAAACUAUUCACAUGAAGGAUUCACAGUGUAUGUGCAGAGACACAUCUUUGUAUCAUACGAGAAUUUGGUCUGUUGUGGGGGAAAUAGCGCCUUUUCGUUUUUUUCGAAUUUUCCAGACAGGUACAAAUUCCUCUGACAGCAAUGGAUUAUAUCUAUCUGGAAUUGAGCUGUAUGGAAUACUUCUAAACAUUUGA